GAUUUCUCUCCGGUUUUCACCGCCAGCGGUUUGUUGUUGUUGUUGUCUUCCAUGACGAGCCGAACCCACGGGGUCACGGUGUGCCCACGAACCGCAUGACAUCUGGGGGCUCCGUUUCGUCGGCGGGGGGGAAAACAAACCUCUCCCCAACAUGAGGAGGACGGCUCGGCUGUAGAGCCCUGCCCGGACCGGAGGCUGCUGGUGGGGAUGGUGCCGCUGUGAAGAAGCCCGGUGCUUCCGUGCUGCUGGUGGGUUUUUUAUAUUUUUUAUAUCCCCCCCGGAGGACAUGCCUGCGGUCGGGGGCAAAGGGAGGAAGUGCCCGGACACCAUGACCCUUUUCAACCAAGAAAACGUGGAAGGAUUUUACGAAUUCGGGGACGAGCUCGGGAGCGGCCAGUUUGCUGUGGUCAGGAGAUGCCGGCACAGGGGCACAGGCGUGGAUUACGCCGCCAAAUCCAUCAAGAAGCGGCGCAGCAAGUCGAGCCGGCGCGGCGUGACGCGAGACGACAUCGAGCGCGAGGUGAGCAUCCUGAAGGAGAUCCAGCACCCCAACGUCAUCACGCUGCACGAGGUGUUCGAGAACAAGGCGGACGUCAUCCUCAUCCUGGAGCUCGUGGCCGGCGGCGAGCUCUUUGACUUCCUGGCCGAGAAGGAGUCGCUCAGCGAGGAGGAGGCCACGCAGUUCCUCAAGCAGAUCCUGGACGGCGUCUUCUACCUGCACGCCAAACAGAUCGCCCACUUCGACCUGAAGCCAGAGAACAUCAUGCUGCUGAACCGCUCGGCGCCUCACCCGCGCAUCAAGCUCAUCGACUUCGGCCUCGCCCACAAGAUGGAUUUUGGCAACGAUUUUAAAAACAUUUUUGGAACUCCAGAAUUUGUCGCUCCAGAAGUAGUCAACUAUGAACCUUUGGGCCUGGAGGCAGACAUGUGGAGUGUCGGCGUGAUAACCUACAUCCUCCUGAGCGGCGCGUCUCCCUUCCUGGGCGACAACAAGCAGGAGACUCUAGCCAAUGUGUCGGCCGUGGACUACGCCUUCGACGAGGAGUUCUUCAGCAGCACCAGCGCGCUGGCCAAAGACUUCAUCACCAGGCUCCUCGUCAAGGACCCCAAGAAGAGGAUGACCAUCCAGGACAGCCUCCUGCACCCCUGGAUCAAGCCAAAAGACACCCAACAAGCGCUGAGCAGGAAGGAGUCGGCCGUCAACAUGGAGAAGUUUAAGAAGUUUGCGGCUCGCAGGAAGUGGAAACAAUCCGUGCGACUGAUCUCCUUAUGCAACCGGCUGUCCCGCUCCUUCCUGUCCAGGAGCAACAUCAGUGUGGCGCAGAGCAACGACACGUUGGAUGAGGAAGACUCCUUCGUGAUGAAGGCCAUCAUCCAUGCCAUCAAUGACGACAACGUGCCCGGCCUGCAGCAUCUGCUCGGCUCCCUGAACAGCUACGAUGUCAACCAGCCCAACAAGCACGGGACUCCUCCCCUGCUGAUCGCGGCUGGCUGCGGAAACGUUCAGAUCAUCGAGGUGCUGAUGAGGAAAGGCGCCGAGAUCCAGGCCCACGACAAGAGCGGAGCCAACGCCAUCUACUACGCAGCAAGACACGGCCACGUGGGGACCCUCACAUUCCUCCAUGAAAAGAAAUGCCCUCUGGAUGUCCAAGAUAAGUCCGGGGAGACGGCUCUUCACGUGGCGGCUCGCUACGGCAACGUGGACGUGGUGAGCUACCUGUGCAGCAUCAGAGCCAACCCAGACCUGGCAGACAGGGAGCAGGAGACCCCGCUGCACUGCGCCGCGUGGCACGGGUACUCUCCCGUGGCCCUGGCGCUGUGCCAGGCCGGUUGCCACACCGACGCCAAGAACCGCGAGGGGGAGAGUGCGCUGCUCACAGCCUCGGCCCGCGGCUUCGUGGACAUCGUGGAGUGUCUGGUGGAGCACGGCGCCGACAUGGAGGCGGCCGACAAGGACGGCCACACCGCGCUGCACCUGGCCGUGCGGAGGUGUCAGGUGGAGGUGGUCCGCUGCCUCCUCAGACACCGCUGCCACAUGGACCAGCAGGAUCGCCACGGCAACACGCCGCUGCACAUCGCCUGCAAGGACGGAAACCUCCCCGUCGUCACAGCGAUCUGCAGCGCGAAGGCCGACCUCAACCUCCCCAACAAGCACGGCAGAACUCCCCUCCACCUGGCGGCGAACAACGGCAGCCUGGAGGUCGUCCGUCACCUCUGCCUCGCCGGAGCCAACGUCGACGCCGUUGCCGCCGAUGGAAAGACGGCGGAGGACUUGGCCCACAGCGAGCAGCAUGAACUCAUCAUCUCUCUGUUGGGAAAGCUUAAGAAGGACACACACAAGCUGAGCUUCAUCCAGCAGCUGCGGCCGACGCAGAGCGCCCAGCCCCGGAUCAAGCUGAAGCUGUUCGGCCACUCCGGAGCCGGCAAGAGCUCCCUGCUGGAGUCCCUGAAGUGUGGCAUCCUGCGCGGCCUCUUCAGGAGGAAGAGGACGCGCAUCUCCAGCAACAGUCGCCACCCCAACUCGCCCGUCAGCUCCAAGCCCGCCGUGUCGGCGAGCAUCUCCAACCUGUACCCUGGCUGCGAGAACGUGAGCGUGCGUAGCCGCAGCAUGAUGUUCGAGCCCAGCCUCACCAAAGGCGUCCUGGAGGUCUUCUCUCCGGUGACCGCCGCCCUGUCCGCCGCCGCCGACCAGGCCACCCGGGCCAUCGACAUCCAGCACGGCAACAUCAACGGCGUGGGCGAGUUCAGCGUGUGGGAGUUCUCGGGGAACCCGGUGUACUACUGCGCCUACGACUACUUUGCGGCCAACGACGCCACGGCGAUCCACCUGGUGCUGUUCAGCCUGGAGGAGCCGUACGAGACCCAGCUGGGGCACAUCACCUACUGGCUGAACCUGCUGAAGGCCCUCAACCUGCCGCAGGAGAACAUCGCCUUCGGCGGCCGGGUGCAGCGCCCCCUGGUGGUCGUCCUGGUGGCGACGCACGCCGACCUCGCCGACGUCCCCCGGACGUUCUCCGGAGAGUUCACCUACGACAAGGAGAACGUGCUGCUCAAGGAAGUCCGGAACAGGUUUGGAGCCGACCUGCAGAUCAGUGACUCGUUGUUUGUGAUGGACGCCGGAGCCUCGAACUCCAAAGACAUCAAGCUGCUGAGGAGUCACCUGCAGGAGCUCCGUGCCAACAUCAUCUCUAGGUGUAGUCCCAUGACGCUGCUGUCGGAGCGUCUGCUGGCGACGCUGCCCACCUGGAGGAAGCUGAGCGGACCCAACCAGCUGAUGUCAUGGCAACAGUUUGUGAGCGACGUGCAGGAGCAGCUCAACCCGCUGGUCAGCCAGGACCACCUGCGCACGCUGGCGCUGCAGCUGCACAGCAUGGGGGAGAUCAACAUCAUGCAGAGCGAGACGGUGCAGGACGUCGUCCUGCUGGAGCCGCGCUGGCUCUGCAGCAACGUGCUCGGCAAGCUGCUCUCCGUGGAGACGCCCAAGGCCAUCCACCACUACAGGGGGCGCUACAGGCUGGAGGAGGUGCAGGCUCUGGCCCCCGACAGCGACGUGGACGAGCUGCUGCAGAUCCUGGACGCCAUGGACGUGUGCACCCGCGACGCCACCUGCCCCGCCAUGGUGGACAUCCCCGCCCUCAUCAAGACCAACGGCCUCCGCCGCUCCUGGUCGGAGGAGGAGGAGGAGGACUCACUGCUGUACGGUGGCGUGCGAUUGGUCCCCGCCGAGCACCUGACGCCGUUCCCCUGCGGCCUGUUCCACAAGCUCCAGGUGAACCUGUGCCGCUGGAGCCACCAGAAGAAGUCCGAGGAGGACGGCGGCGGCGAGGACUUCGACGGAGACAUCCACCUGUGGACCAACGGAGCCAAGGUGAGCCAGGGCGCGGCGGAGGCCAUGAUCCUGCUGGUCAACCACGGCCAAGGGGUGGAGAUCCAGGUGCGCGGGCACGAAUCGGAGCGGGCCAAGUGCUACGCCCUGUUGGACACCGCCUGCAGCAUCACGGAGAACCUGCUGGCGUCCACGCUGCCCGGCCUGAUCACCGCCAAAUACUACCUGAGUCCCCAGCAGCUGCGCGAGCACCACGCCCCCGUCAUGGUCUACCAGCCCAAGGACUUCUACCGCGCGCAGGUGCAGCGCGAGUCGUCGCUCACCAACACCAUGGGCGGCUACCGGGAGAGCUUCAGCAGCAUCCUGUCGUUCGGCUGCGCCGAGGUUUACCAGCAAGGCACUCUGGGUAAGGACAUCCACAUCGCGGAUGUCCCCCUGUUGGCUCGCCGGAAGCUGUGCCGCAUGUUGGACCCCCCCGACGCUCUGGGGAAAGACUGGUGCCUGCUGGCCAUGAACCUCGGCCUCACGGACCUGGUGGCCAAGCACAGCAACGGGACUCCGAAUGGCGGCGGCGACGCCCCCCCCCUCGCCGAGCUGGACUCGGCGCCGCAGCCCAGCCCGACCGCGGCGCUGCUGGCGGCGUGGAGCUUGCGCGCCGACAGCACCGUCGGCGCGCUGAUGGCCAAGCUGAGGGAGCUGGGCCGCCGGGACGCCGCCGACUUCCUGCUCAAGACGUCGCCCAUCUUCCGGGUCAACAUGGAGGCGGUGGUCGUCGCCGCCGCCAACGGCUACCCGCCCACGUGCAACGGUGGCACGUCGUACAACUCCAUCAGCUCCGUCGUAUCCCGCUGAACCACACGGGGAAAAGGGGGCGUCGGCUUCCCGCCCCUCGCCAAGCUUUGUGUCACGUGACAUUUUCUUCCCCCCGGAGCGGGACGUACGUGGGAAUGGACGCGAAGCGCCAUCGUCCAGCUGCUCGCUCCUCGACUCGUACCUGUACGACAGCAGAACCGUUUCCCUCCGCUGCACGAAUGUCGUGAACAGAUCUCCAAAGAGGAAUCUCGUGCUUUUUACUCCGUUCUUAAUCUCGUCGCGCUGCUACUUCGUAUUUUCCCUCUCGGCACACAGAGGUCUCGCUCAUCUAACUGGAGGAACGGUUACCAUGGCAGCCUCAUGUUUGGACCGCUUUUUAUCCAAAUGAAAAACGGAGGACUUUCUGCCCCCCCCCCCCCUUCACGCUUCGUGUUUAAUGAAUUAACAGCAUUUUGUGGCCUUCUACCUCCCUAAAGAGCACAAGUCUUUAUUAUUAAAAGAAAACGGUAGUUACUUCCUAAACAUUUGAAGAACUGUGCCUUGUUGACACGUAAUUUCAAUCAAGUCUAUAGUCCUAAAAUGGAAAGAGGGGUUAAAUGAAGAAGGGGGAAGGAAGCCCGGCUUGCAUUGCCAUUAGAUUUGGUGAAAUCGGAGAUGGGGAUUAUUUUGCUGUUUUCUGUUUCAGUGUUUGUAUGAAACGUCUCGCCGGCGUGCGGCCGACGAGUCGCUCUGUUUGUGGGUUCAUACAGACGAGCUUCUGGAGGUAUUACGUCGAAAUCUCUCCGUUGGUAAAUUAGUUUUUUGGGUUUCCGAGUCCCGUACUUUCCCGAGAAGCCUCCUGGAAAGAACUACGUGUGGCGUUAACAAGUUAAACUUAAUUAAUAGUAAUAAUCAAAUAUGAUCUGCAAUGAACCCAAAAGACUAAAAGCAUCUCGAGCAGGUAAGUUUUUUUGGAAUUAGCUGCACUAAUAAGAAAAACUAAAAAUGUCAAAAUAAAUUCUCGAUUAUAAAAAUGUUUGCUCCAGUUGGAUCGACUCAAUUAUUACUCGGCUAAUCGUUUCAGCUGUAUUAUUAAUACUAUUCUAAUAAAUAAAAAAUAUUUCAAACUCCCGGCUCAACAAAAAGGUCUUUAUGGAUAUUAAACCUCAAACAUUAAGUGUUUUUUAGUCUGCAUACUGACUAUUUAUUUAGUAUUUAAUUUAACCAUCACCAGAUUAAGAGAUUAUCCCAUCCAGGAAAGAGUUUACACGAACAUAUCAGCUGCUUUACGAUAACUAUGGGACCUUUUAAAAAAAUAAAUAAUGUGUAACUAUAAACGUCUUCACUUAGAAAUCCAUUUCCUUGCUUACUCCCCCACAUCGGCCCUGACUCUGCCGAGCGUCCGUCACUUUGAAUAGAAAGUGGCACCAAAACGAUAAAAACAACACAAGUAGAUUUUUUAGCAUUUUCUACUCGGCUGACAGGUCAUGUAUUACGUCUCCUCCAGUAAACACCUGACGCUUCCUCACCAGGUGGAUCCACCGCGUGGCGUCACGGCUUCCUUUUCGUCUUUAAUAUCGUGAAACCGCGGCUCGAUUCGAGUCGGCGAAAGCUAAAGAAAAAGAUGGCGUUGAGUUGACUGGCGACCCCUUUUUGUGAAAGCUGUCGUUUUAUAAUGUCGCAAAUCGGAAGAAGUAUUUCGAUCGUUUUUUUGGGCCUUUUUGUCCGGACACAGCGUCAAACGGUUUAUCAAAUAAAAGAGGACGGAGGGCGGAGAUAUAACACUUUAAAUACUAUUUCCAAUACUUCUCUCUUUGUCUCAGCCUUCGUGUGUGUCCACUCAGUCGGCCCAAAUAUGUUGAACCCCCAAUGACCUCAAUGACCCCCAAUGGAUCAAAAUGACCCCCAAUGGAUCACAAAUGGAUCAAAAUGACCCCCAAUGGAUCAAAAUGACCCCCAAUGGAAAUGGAUGUACUUAACGUCUCUCUUAAGAAUACACACACAAAUCAAAGACAUAGAGAAAAAAACGCUCGACAUGUGUACAAAUAAUUAAAUUUUUUUGUUUACUUUUAUGGAAGUUUGCCAACGCUGCGUGCCUGAAGCGCACCCGGUCGCUCCUCACGUUAUCUUUAUUAAUAUUAUAAUGAUUGCCUUGUACAGUAUAUACGAGCUCGAGAAGCCACGUUCAGAAAGGGAAGUGAAUAAUGUUGUUUUGUAAAAGCUGGGAAUCGAUAUAUUAUUAUUAUCACCUUUGUGUCCGUUUGGUGUCUUGACCAAAAAAACCGAGUGGAUUCAAAAAGAUUCCUCACAGAAACACAAACUCUGUUAUCUAAAAAUGUUUUCCGAGUCUGAUCGCCACAUUGCACACGUUUGUUUUUUUUGUCGUUGUUGUCGUUUGUUUUUUUGGCUAUUUAUGUUGCGUUCUUUUUCGCAUGUCUUUGAAUGCCAUGUUCUUAGUACUUCUGACACUUUAUAGUGUAUAAUACAUUUUAUAAUAAAUUCUUUACCUGA